CGCGACUCUGGCGUCGUGAUUAGCUGAAGCUCCAGCUGCGAGAGCUCCCUCACAAAGGUACCUACCUCAUAUUAGCUGUCUUUGGAGAGGUACAUUGAUUCCAAUUUCUUGCCGACGGGUCAUGUCGCAUCCUCGGGGCUUAUAUCAUCCCCGUCAUGCCAUUGCGCUCCGUCUCAAUCAGCGACAUGAGCAGCCACCGCAAAAUAUAUCCCCGGCGGCCACGGCAUCGAUCGGAACGCGCGCACGCAUUUCGCCGCUGCAUCCGUGGCCCAACACAGCAUCAUUAUGCCUGACGGCCUCCUAAGGGGAUCAUCAUUUCGCGUUGGAUUUUUUGCUGACAGUGCAGAUGCACACGCAGCUCCCUCCCUGCGCCUUGUUUCUCCAGUCCACUCUGCUACCGGAUCUUGGUGCUCCGCGAGUAUGAUCGGCGCCCCCGUCCGCCUAGACGACGAUGCACGCGUUUCAGACUCGUCCUCGUCCGCCCCUCAAACAAGCAAUGCCGGCGACGAUGAAGCGGGUUCACGCAGACCGACAAGCUUUUUUCCCCCUGGAUGCUGGGAUCUUUCCCCGUCUUUUGCCCUGUCGCGCCUGCGACCCCGUGAAAUGCUGCGUCCUCACUGGAUGCCGUCCGGACAGUUCAACGCUCAACCGCUCGGCUCACGUCGUCUUCCGGCGCGAUCAUCGACGCUGUGGCUUGUCUCGAAUGGGAUCCUGAGACGAGAUGAACUUUGCGAGCCGUGGGAGCCGAAGGAAUUGAGCAAGGUCGGUGUCAACGACGCUGGAUCAGGGGGUUAUCAGUAAACAAAACAGCUCCUAGUUGUAAGCCGGCUGCCAACAUACAAAUAUCAAGUCAGGUCGUCACAGUUCGACUGAUGCAUCACUGUCCUUCACCUCUCUCUCAAUA